AUUUUGUGCCGAACGUUUCUCCAAAUGUUGUUACCUAAACACGAGAACAUAUUCCACAUUGCGAUUCUGGACUAAUACAGAAAAAAAACAGGACACACAGGACCUGCGUUGAUUCGACCGACUACGAAUGGUCUGACCCAGUUGUAGCCGACGUAGAGUUGUGGAGAGAAAUCGAGAAGUCUGGUUAAUGAAGUAUACAUAAUUCCUUGUCAGCGAGCCUUGCAAAAUGAUGCGAAAUUUGGGAAUGUUAUCAAUAAGAAGGAGCCACUGGCUGGCAACCAGGUGCAUCAGGGAACGAGCCUUGGCUUCCGCCACGCGGCUGCACGUGCCUGAGGCGGCAGGAUGCGAGAACAGGCUGUUAAAUUGCCAUCAAGUGGACGGAGGCAUUAAGCACAGCCGGAGCUUUCAAGACAGCGCCAAUGCGGUCAACACCAGCGACACCAGCAACUCCCCCAAAGAAAACGCUAGGAAGCCUGAGGACCUGGACCGGGCAUACGAAGUGUUAAGGAGCACUCUGCCCAAGUUGUUCGUGGAGCCGCUGGACUACUCCAUAUACAGCCCGGGCCUAAUCUUCCAGAACAAUAUUACGGGCAAGCACACGGUCGGACUGUACCAUUACGUCAAACAGAUUGCCAUACUGAGGACGGUGGGGCACCUGAAGUACGCCUACGUUAAGUUCGAGGUGCUCAAGAUCACAAAACAUCCUGAUGACUACACGGUGCGCAUACGGUGGCGAGUAAGGGGCAUCUCCGGCCUGAAGGUGAUGUUCCAGUUCUGGAAGUACAAGAUCUGGCAGUUGAAGGAGGUGCUCAAGGACCAGGAGGCGUGGUACGACGGCUAUUCCGUUUGCUAUCUCGGCGACGAUGGCCUGAUUGCCAAGCACGUUGUGGAUAAGGUGAUGCCGGACGAGAGUCGAGAGUCUGUGGAAAAUGCCUCUGCAACGGCGCUUCCGCCUGGAUCCUUGGCAGCGACCAGUUCCCAGAAGAUGAACUGCCAAUGAAGUCAAAGCUAGCUUUACAAAUGUUACUUAUUUAUUGUAUUACUAAACGUAAUAAACAGAAACUGUGAAGUCCGUUUGGUAAGCCGCCUGCGCAUCUGAA